AUGCAGUACCAUCCGCUACAGUCGCCGACGGACGGCAUGGCGGUGAACGGGCCGAUUGAGCCGUUUGUGAAGAUGCAUCGGUCGCCUUCCCGUUGUCAUGAACAGUUCAAGAAGCUGGAUGAGAGUACGGAGUCUGAAGAGAGUUAUGCGACAUUAACGUUGAAGGACGGUCGUACGAUCAAGUUACGACAUCUGGCGCCGACGGCGGGGUCGGAUAUCGUGUUGGAUGUUCGUAGUUUGUACAACGACGAACAAGUGUGUUUGUAUGAUCCUGGUUUUAAUUCCGUGGCUUCGUGUGCGUCCGCUAUUACAUUUGUGGAUGGUGCCUUGGGUAAGUGUCAUUACCGGGGCUACGAUGUGAGCAGCUUGGUGAAACGCCAUGACUUCUUGGAUGUCGCGUAUUUAUUGUUAAACGGCGAGUUGCCAGACACUGCGGAGCGGAGAAUGUUCGAGGAUGUUUUGAAGUCAGAGAUGUUAGUGCACAAUCGAAUUAAAGAAUUCAUUACUACCUUUGUACCGGGAGCACACCCUAUGAGUAUUCUAAGCAGUGUAUUAUCCGCUAUGGCUUCCUUCUAUGCCGAUCCCAUGGACCAGAGAUACAUGCAAGAUCGUGCGAUGAGAGAGUUGGCUUGUGUUCGGCUUUUGGCUAAAAUUCCUACAGUCGUAGCCAUGGCUUAUAAAGUCUUGAUUGGGGAGCCAAUGGUGUACCCCCGGGCAGACCUCAGUUACGCUGAGAAUUUUCUUUACAUGAUGUUCGCUACACCCACCAGCCCAUUCGUAGUUAACGAGCUACACGCACAAGUUAUCGAUACCUUUCUGUCUAUACAUGCCGACCAUGAGCAGAAUGCAUCCACCUCCACCAUCCGGACAGCUGGCAGCAGUUUGGCCAACCCAUACGCCUGUAUUGCUACUGGUGUUACAUCUCUAUGGGGUCGGGCUCAUGGAGGAGCCAAUGAAGCUGUGGUGGACAUGCUCACAGACAUCGGGUCGGUACAAAAGGUACCCGAGUUUAUAAAAAAGGUCAAGGAAAAGAAGUGCCGACUCAUGGGCUUCGGACAUCGCGUAUACAAGAAUACCGACCCACGAGCCUUUGUCAUGCAGGAUCUCUGCCACAAGGUGUUCGCUCAAAUGAACGCACCGGACCCCCUAUUCCAAAUUGCCAAGGCGCUUGAAACAGUGGCACUCAAUGACGAAUACUUCGUCUCUCGAAAACUGUACCCUAACGUUGACUUUUACUCAGGCAUCGUCAUGCGCGCUCUUCAUAUACCCAAGGAAAUGUUCACCGUACUCUUCGCCAUGGGACGCUGCGUAGGAUGGCUUAGCCAUUGGAAAGAAAUGGUCGAAGAACGACAAAUCAAAAUCACUCGACCCAGACAGCUCUACGUUGGCGAAGCACCCAGACUCCUACCUGGUGAGAAGAGAGAAAAAAAUAAGGCAUCGGAACCCUCCACAGACGACAAAAAAUCUAGCUAG